AUGCAGGCCGCAGACCGGGAGGCCCUGGAGGCGCACUUCACCGUGGACAAGCAGAACAUCUCCCUCUGGCCCCGAGAGCCUCCUCCCAAGCCGGCGCCGUCUCCACUGCUGAGGGAGCCUGUCUCGCUCCGUGCUGCCUUAAUCUGCCUGUCGCUGGUCCUGGCCGCCUCCGUGGUGCUGCAGGCUGUCCUCUAUCCCUGGUUUGUGGGCAGAAUUUCAGACGUGAAGACUGAUGCCCAGCUACUGAAAGACCGUGUGGGUAACAUCAGCUCCUUGGGUUCUGAAGUGAGGAAGAACGGUGUCGGCGUGCAGGCGGCUGGUGCCCAGAUUCGCACAGUGAAUGCCAGCCUGGACCGUGUGUACUCUCAGAUCCUGACGCUGAAAACUAGCGUGGAGAGAGCCAGCGCACAGAUCCAGAUCUUGACAGAAAGUUGGGAAGAAGUCCACAGUUUAAAUGCCCGAAUCCCAGAGUUAAAAAGUGACUUGGAUAAAGCUAGCACGUUACAUGCCAAGGUCCGGGGCCUGCAGAGCAGUUUGGAGAACAUCAGCGAGGUGCUCAGACAGCAAAAUGACAUCCUGCAGAUGGUGUAUCAGGGCUGGAAGUACUUCAAGGGGAACUUCUACUACUUUUCCCGCAUCGCAAAGACCUGGUACAGUGCCCAGCAGUUCUGCAUGUCCAGAGAUUCGCACUUGACCUCAGUGACGUCUGAGAGCGAGCAGGAGUUCCUGUACAAGACGGCGGGCGGCCUGGCAUACUGGAUUGGCCUGACCAAAGCAGGCAGCGAAGGACACUGGUACUGGGUGGACGGCACGUCUUUUAACAAGGCCCAAAGUGUGAGGUUCUGGAUUCCAGGUGAGCCCAACAACAUGGGGAACAGCGAACACUGUGUCAGUGUCAAGGUGUCCUCGCUUCAGUCCUGGAACGAUGCCUCCUGUGACAACAAGCUGCUCUUCAUCUGUAAGCGGCCCUACACCCCGGCGGGACCCUGA